CUGGAUUUUAAUGAGGAGGAGAGAAGGCUUGGGUUCUGUAGCACAAAACAAAGAAGGGAAGAAAAUGAGGCUCCAGGCCACACCACUGGUGAGGUAAUGGAGAAGCCACCUCAUUUGAAAGCUGUUAUGUAUUGAGGGAGGCGAGAGGAAUUUUUCCACAGAAAACUAGCUGGCACUCACUGUUGCCUUCCCUGUAUUGAUCAGGAUUCCCUGAAGUAAUGGUAAAGAUGGAAGACGAACCUGAUAGUGGAGGCAUGGAGGAAGACAAGGCUGUGGGGGCUUCCUGCUCAGGUGAGGGGUGGAUUCCCCUAAGAUGCACAGGGCUUCCUGCGGUGACUGUGAAGGUGGAAGAAGAAGAGGAGGAGCCCUGGGAGUCAGAGUAUCAAGGCUGUGAGGAAGGAUUUACUGGUGUGAUAAUAAAGGUGGAACCAGAAGAGGAGCCCUGGCUCUCCAGUCUCCAGACAUCUCAGGGAAGUGCGGCUGUCUCAGGAGCCCAGCCAGGCAAUGGCGGCGCCAAAGAAGAGGAGGAUUUUCUGCCUGGGAGUGUGAAGCCCACGGAGCCCACGAGGGCAUCGUUGACGGUGGCCAAAGGGAGCGUUUUCCGGAGAGCCAGUCAGUACAGAGCAGAAAGGCAGCAAGGAAGCCAGGCAGGGAAGAGAGUUUGCAAGAAGCCCUACAAAUGCUCCAACUACGGGAAGGCCUUUGUCUGGAGAAAAUACUUCCUCUCCCAGGAGCGAGGCCACGCAGGAGAGAAACCAUACGCUUGCUCCCAUUGCGGGAAAACCUUCAACGGGCGCUCGUACCUCCUCGCUCACGAGAGAACCCACACGGGGGAGAAGCCCCACAAGUGCUCGCUCUGCGGGAAGGGCUUCAACGUGAGGUCUUACCUUCUCGCUCACUGGAGAACCCACACGGGAGAGAAGCCCCACAUCUGCUCAUUCUGCGGGAAGAGCUUCAGCGGGAGGUCCAACCUGAACCGGCACCAGAGGAGCCACACGGGAGAGAAGCCGUACGCCUGCUCCGCCUGCGGCCGGGGCUUCAGCCACAAAGCGCACAUGACCCGCCACGAGAGGAUCCACACGGGCGAGAAGCCCUACAAAUGCUCGCAGUGCCCGAAGAGCUUCGGCCAGAGCUCCACCCUCAUCUCCCACGAGAGGACCCACACGGAGAAGCCCUACAAAUGCUCGCACUGCGAGAGGAGCUUCGGCCAGAGCGCCAAGCUGGCCGCGCACGAGAGGAGCCACACGGGCGAGAAGCCGUACGAGUGCCCGGCUUGCGGGAAGGGCUUCAACCACCGCUCCGACUACGUCAUCCACGAGAGGACCCACACAGGCGACAAGCCAUACGCAUGCGCCGUCUGCGGGAAAGGGUUCAGCGGGAGGUCCAACCUCACCAGGCACGAGAGGAGCCACACGGGUGAGAAGCCGUACCUCUGCUCGGUGUGCGGGAAAGGCUUCUGCCACAAGGCCCACCUCCUCCGCCACGAGAAGAUCCACACGGGGGGAAAGCCCUACAAGUGCUCCAACUGCGGCGAGAGCUUCAAGCACCGGACGGACCUGAUUGGCCACCAGAGGAGCCACUUGGGGGUCAAGCAGUACACCUGCACGGCCUGCGGGAAGAGCUUCAGCGGGAAGUCGAACCUUAACAGACACAAGAGAAGCCACACGGGAGAGAAGCCCUACACCUGCCUGGUCUGCGGCAGGAGCUUCAGCCACAAAGCACACCUGAUUCGGCACGAGAGGAUCCACACCGGGGAGAAGCCCUACAAGUGCUCCCACUGCAUGAAAAGCUUCAACCAGAGUUCCACCCUUACUGCUCACGAGAGAACCCACACGGCAGGGAAGCCGCACAAAAGCUUUCCAGGGGAGAAAAUGGAGGAAGGAGGAAGAGACCCUCAUCUCGGCCAGGUUGGGAGGUUUCUGUCUGGUGUCGGCAUAGAGCUGGUUAAAGGGGAGCGAGAUGAAGACUUGGUCCAGCACUGGGAGUGGCAGAAAUCCCAGGAGGGAACUGCAUCAGAAAGAGGCAAAUCCCAGGUGCCUGGAUUUGUAGGCCGGGACGAUGUGGCGUUAUCUUCAGCAUCGCCGAAGGCCAUCGCCGACGGCAACCGUGGGCCGAGAGGAAAGCUGGAGUCUCAGACUUUGCUGGGUCUCGUUGGAAAAGUCCCCAGAAGUCAGAGUUCUUCACUGAGCGUGGAAGGAGGGGUUCUGGAAAAGGAGAGGCAACGCCAGCGAUUCAGGCAAUUCUGCUACCGGGAGGACGAGGGACCCCGGGAGGUUUUGCGGAAGCUCCAGGGCCUGUGCCGCCAGUGGCUGAAGCCUGAUUCUCGUACGAAGGAGCAGAUCCUGGAGCUGGUGAUUCUGGAGCAGUUCCUGGACAUCCUGCCUUUAGAAAUGCAGGGCUGGGUUAGGGGCGAUGGCCCUGAGACCUGCGCCAAGGCGGUGGCCCUGGCAGAAGAUUUCUUACUUUGGAAGGAGGAGGUCGAAAUGCAGGAGCGUCGGAUUUCGGAGCCAUUUAAGAAGGCAACCGGUCCCCCCAAAGCCAAACUCGCCUCUUCGGAGAUUACGAAGGCACGGCCCUACAUGGAAGUGCAGCCAGUGGGUGAUGGAGACCCCCACCUGCCACUAGGGUGUCACUCAUGUCACGAUUGUGUUCUCUUUCUGUCAGGUGACAGGAAAGUGGCUGAAAAUGAGAAGCCUCUUGAACCAGGAGCAUCGAUGCAGGCAGAAAUUUCUGGUGGCUCAUUGGACAAAGCCAAAUGGGAUUUUCCCCCAUUUCCUCAAGUGGAAAAUGUGCCGAAAAGUCAGCAAAGGGCAGACAGGAAGGAGGGAAGCUACCCAGGGCGGAGAGGAGGAGAAAAACUGAUUUGGGAGAGAGAUGGUAACAAACUCCUAAAUCGCAACACCUUCCAGGAGAGAGAGCAGAAAGACAAGAAUACUAGGAUGAGCCCUGGAUGUGGAAAAAGCUUCAGCCAAACCCUUGAUUUCCAGAACACACAAACUGAGAAAAAGCUACGCCAGGAUACAGAUGGUGCAAAAAGUUGGACAUCGACCUCUCAGCAGGAGAACGUCCAAGCAGAAGAAGAAUUGUAUAUGGAUUGUGGAACCAGCUUGAGUGGGAAAGCACAUCUUAGUGAUCCUCAGAGAAUCCCUGCAGGAGAGAAACCCUAUAAGUGCUCUGAAUGCGGACACAAAUUCAGCCAGGGCUCUGAUCUUACUGGAAACGGCCUUUAUAUAUGUUCCAGUUGUGGGGAAAGCUUUAUUUCCAGCUCAGCCCCCAGAAAACAAGAAGGAGACCAGACCGGAGAGAAUCCAUCUAAAUUCUCAGAAAGUGAAAAAGAAUUCCCACAGCCCGCUGAUCCUCAACAGGAGGAGAAGCCGUAUGCGUGUACAGACUGUGGGAAAAACUUCAGCUUUAGGUCAAGCCUUGUUCGUCACCAGAGGCUUCACACUGGAGAAAAACCGUAUAAGUGUUUAGACUGCGGGAAGAAUUUCAGCCAGAGCUCGAACCUUCUUAAUCAUCAGAGAAUCCACACGGGAGAGAAGCCAUACAGCUGCACUGACUGCGGGAAAUCAUUCAGCAACAGCUCGAGCUUGACGUCGCACGAGAGAACGCACCGAGGAGAUAAACCUUACAAGUGCUCCAGCUGCGGGAAGAACUUCAGUUGCCACUCGGUUCUUAGGAUCCACGAAAGAAUUCACACGGGCGAAAAGCCGUACGAGUGCCCGGAGUGCGGGAAAAGCUUCAGCCGCAGAGAAUUCCUCAUCGGCCACCAGAGGACUCACACGGGCGAGAAGCCGUACGAGUGUCUGGAAUGUGGGAAGAGCUUCAGCCAGAGAUCAAACCUUAUUAAUCAUCAGAGAAGCCACACGGGAGAGAAACCGUUUGAGUGCACAGACUGUGGGAAAAGGUUUAGUCAUAAAGCAUCCCUCCUUAAACAUGAGAGGAACCAUCUACAUGGUCUGACACUGGAAAGGGAUUCAUCCAGAGUCGAAGCCACCUUGUACAUGGCAGAAAGCACAUAAGGGAUGGAAUCAUAUACUUGGUGAGGCAGAAAUUAAUGCAGGAGAGAUUGUGAGAACUUAUUACUUCAGUUUUUAGGGCAGGUCCAACCUGAGAACCUGUGUAACUACUUGGACUAGUAGAGAACAUCGCUGAUGGACCACAGAGAUUCCCCUCACACUUUCUUUUUUCUGUUGCCGUUCACAUCUUCACAACUUAAGGCCCAGCCUUCCCAGUUCCACAUCUACUCUUCCUAAUCUCUGAUAUAU